AUGCAAGCCCUCCGUUGGCACGCCGCCAAAGACCUUCGCAUCGACACGAUCCCACGCCCUAAGAAUCCUGGUGAGAACGAAGUUCAGAUCGCUCCUGAGUGGUGCGGGAUCUGUGGAUCCGAUUUGCAUGAAUAUCUCGUUGGUCCCGUCCUCGCGCCCGCACCUGGGAAGCCGCACCCGUUGACGGGAGAGGAACCGCCUUUGACGUUUGGGCAUGAGUUCGCGGGUCGUAUCACGUCUGUCGGAUCUUCUGUCAAUGAUCUCCAGGUUGGGCAGAAAGUCUUCAUUGAUCCGGUCAUCGCGGACAAAUCGUGCUAUAUGUGCACGCAACGCUCCGCACCGAACGCUUGCGAACAGCUUGGGUUCAUGGGCUUGAGCGGUGCCGGAGGAGGGUUGAGUGAGGCUGUUAAUGUCCCUGCCGAUAGGGUCUACCCGCUUCCUGAUGAGAUUGACACAGAUGUUGGGGCCUUAAUUGAGCCGAUCAGUGUUGCUUGGCAUGCUGUUGCCCUGAGCGGUUUCCAGCCCGGACAGGAUGCCCUCAUUCUCGGAGCUGGACCGAUUGGUCUCGCUACCCUCCUCUCGCUCAAAGCUCAUAAACGCAGUGCAGGAGGACAAGGCCGCAUCCUCGUCUCGGAGGUUUCCAACAGCAGGAAAGCCAUGGCUAAAUCCUUCGGCGCAGACAACGUCCUCGAUCCCACCCAAACCGACGUCAUCGCCGAAUCCAAAAAAAUCUGCGACGGCGUAGGCCCGCACGUCACCUUUGACUGCUCCGGCCUCCAAGUCACCGCUCAAACUGCGAUCCGCGCCGUCCGUUCGGGUGGAACGGCUAUGAAUAUCGCUAUCUGGGAAACUGAAGUCCGCUUUAACCCGAACGAGCUGUUGUUGGCUGAGAAGAGGUAUUUGGGUGCGAUUUGUUAUACGCCGAAGGACAUUAGGGAGGUUAUUGAGGCGAUGAGGGAUGGGAGGAUCGAGAUUGACGAGGCGAGGAAGAUGAUUACGAAGAAGGUUGCGUUGAAGGAUGGGGUCAAGGGAGGGUUUGAGGAGUUGGUUGCCAAUAAGGAUAAGCAUAUCAAGAUCUUGAUUGGCACCGGAAUUUGA